AUGGGGAAUUCGGUCGGUUCGUUGUUUUCCGGGUUGGGUCGAGCCGUCGACAAAGUCCUCGGCCAUCCUCUCGAGUUCCUGUCCGGAAAAUCCUGCAACUCUGUAUGUGCUCCAACAUGGGAUUUCAUCUGUUACGUCGAAAAUUUCUGUGUUGCUCAGUUGCUCAAAUUUGUUAUGGUGGCAAUGUUGGUGUAUUUCGUGCUCUUAUUCUUAUACCUAUUGUACAAUCUCGGAAUCUGCCAAUGCGUUUGCUGCACGAUCUUUAGAAUCACGUGGGCUUGUUUUUCCACUUGUUUCUCCUCGUUCGAUUUUUGCUGCUCGUGUUUAUGUUACAAGUUACGAACGAUAAGGAGGUCGCGCAAAAGGAGGAGGAGGAGGAGAAAUAAGGACAUUGAAGAAUUUGAUGGGCAAACGAGCCCAUAUAUCUCUAGUGAGGAUGAUGAAUACGAAUUAGAAGAUAAGUCUAUUGAUAGGCAUUUUGACCACAGAGGAUCACGUUUUAGUCGAAGGAGAAAUUAUAAAGACGAGCAUUUGAGGAGGUCUUUAAGGCCGACCAAUCAUAGGGCACGAGUGGAGCUUUUUUCGGGUCACUUGCACGGGAAAAGGGGUGUGAAGCAUAGUAUCGAAUUACGUCAUGAUUCGCUACACGAUCAUAUCCGCGUGAAUCGGAGUUCGAAAUUCUCGCAGAAGGGUUCCAAGGGUAAAAAUGGAAUUCAUCGUCAUAGGAGGAGAUAA